GAGCGGGAAACUCAGGGUUCCCAAGGCCUCUUCUUCUACUCUUGCAAAAGUAGGUCAGGACGCUCAGCUGCCAGGAGAGAGAUCAACACUGGCCAGCUGUAUGAACUCCAUUGUUGUCGCUUUUUCCGGGGCUGGGCCUCUCUGAACAGACAGGGCCGGGUCCCGGAGACAGGAUGCAGCCUGCGGGGACUCUGUGUGUGCAGAUUUCUCUCAGCAGGGUUUGCAGAGGGAGCCCUGGCUGCAUUCUGGCAUGUGGCACGUAGAUUCCCACACGCUACCCGACAGGCAGCGGCAGGGACGCAACCGAGGGACUCCUUCAAAGUGGUUCUUGUGGAGGAAGCAGCCAUGUCAGCUCUGUACCCAUCACUGGAGGACAUGAAGGUGGAUCAAACCUUGCAGGCUCAGGCGAAUGCAGCCACCAGGGCUCUGUCUGGGGUUGCAGAGAAGUCAGAGCCAGCAACGGCCCCACCUGUUCUGUACCCAAACCUCACGGAGCUUGGGGACUACAUGGGGCUCUCGCUCUCCAGUGAAGAGGUCCAGAAGGACCUAGCCCUGGUCCCAGCAAGUGGCAACCAGGCAGGGGCCCUGGUCCCUUCCUCCCAGGGUGUGCUGGUCGCCCCACUGACGGGAAACAACCUCGGAUUGCGCAGGGCAGAGAUCAGACCGGGCCUGCGGGAGCUCCACCUCUGUAAGGAUGAGCGCGGGAAGACUGGGCUCCAGCUGAAAAGCAUCGACCAGGGGGUGUUUGUGCAGCUGGUUAAGGCCAACUCCCCAGCGUCCCUCGUCGGGCUGCGCUUCGGGGACCAGAUGCUGCAGAUCAACGGGAAAGACUGCGCUGGCUGGAGCACAGACAAGGCCAACAGGGCCCUGAAAAAGGCCGCCCCGGAGAAAAUUAUCGUGAUCGUGCGAGACAGGCCCUUCCAGCGCACGGUGACGAUGCACAAAGACAGCACGGGACACGUGGGGUUCGUCAUCAAGAAGGGGAAGAUCGUUUCUCUCACCAAAGGCAGCUCUGCAGCCCGGAAUGGCCUCCUCAUCAACCACUACAUCUGUGAGCUGAAUGGGCAGAACGUCAUCGGCCUGAAGGACAAACAAAUCCUGGAUAUCCUGGCUACAGCUGGUAAUGCCGUCACCAUCACCAUCAUCCCCACAGUGAUCUACGAGCACAUGGUCAAACGGCUGUCACCUGGGCAGAUCAAGUCAUCCAUGGACCACUCGCUUCCUGAUGCUUAAAGUCCAGCCCCUGGUCAGCGGGAGCUCAGCGAAUCUUCCUUCCUCUUAUUAAAUGCAAUAUACCAGAAGACUUCCCUACAAUGCCAGGAAAACAGGUGCAUCUCUAUGGGGGACAGUCCAGAGCAAAAAACAUCUGUUUCCUUUAAUCUUUUAUUCCUUCACCUGGACAGACUUGACCCUUGUUUUGCCCAUCCAAUCGGCUGGUGUCCGAAGGAGCGCGGGGAGGUGGAUGUGGGUAGAGAUGCGGGUGUACAUCCACAGAAGUGAGGUGAAUGGUUGUGGGAGGGCCUCCCUGGUGGAGGUCAUGUAAUGCAACCUUUUCAAAACCCACCCAAAGAGCUGUUUUAAUAAACUCAAUUAAAGCUGCUCCUAUUUGCCUCUUCUUAAACCGAGGGAAGUGAGGGUAGGUUUAGGAGCUAAUGAAUGGCUCAGUAGCCACUCCAGCAUCAAGUGUGCCAAACCCACUGUGCA